AAGACUUUUGCUUUUUACGUUCCAUCCCAUGGUGUGAAAAACGCAGAAGUGUAAAUUGGUGUGAAUGCAUCGAUUGAGUCUAUUUUUAUCAAAAUUUGAGGUGACCGGGGUAUUGUGAACCUUUACCGCCUUUAUCGGUCUUUACCGUGAAUAUUUACUAAACCGUUAUUAGAAUAGGCAAUAAUUGUGCAAAAAUUUUUGUAAAUGGGCGAAUCUCUUCGACGAGAGAUUUUGCGAGUCUUCAAAAAACUUCAUAGAACAAGAUUAAAGACAUUUGAUGAUGAUGAAUACGCAUUGCAAGUUGUGAGGGAUGAGAUAAACAAAGAAUACAAAAAAUAUAAAAGUGUCACUAACCAGGCAGUGAUCAAGGAGUUAAAUAAAUUUGCUCAGGAAGUUGAACAUGAAAUACGAACAACUGUCAUACAAGCUGUUGAAAAAACACCUGGAAGACUAGCACUGCGACUUACUCCAGAUGUCUUGGUAGAUAAUGUGCCAUAUAAGGAUCAAAAAGAUAAUAAUUUAAGCAAAGAAAGUAAAGACUAAAAUUGAGCUACUCACAUAUGAUAUUGAACGAUAUCGAACAGG